GUUUUCUCCGGAGCACCAGAGGCUGAGGGCCGACCUGAUAGAAGUUUAUAAAAUUAUGAGAGGCAUCGAUGGGCAAUUGGCCGGUCCCCAUCUCCACAGAAAACAGUCUUGCUGUAAUGUUGGCUAGCAGGCGUGGCUCCUUUAUCCGAACUAAUAUCAAACACAAGCUUCAGCUUCCUAAGGUUCACAAGGAGGAGAGACCUUGGCUGCAUUCUCCUGGCCCCUGCCCCGUCGCCUUACGGUCUGCAAUGAUGGGUGAAGGAAUGAAGCCCUGCAAGUGCAGUGUAGUCAAGGUUCCCUGCAUCACCGACCUGGAAUUUGACACCUUUAUCAAUAGAGCAACUCCAGGAAUCCAGCAGAUCAUCCUCGUCUGUGUGGUGUCGUCGCACCUGAAGCCCAUGCCCUACGAGAAUAUGAUCCAAGAGUUGUACGAGGAGAGGAACCGGAACCGGAGCCAGCCGUGUGUGCAGAGCCGGCUCGAUUCAUUCCGAAUGUUGAAGUAUGAUAUCAGCACAGCAAAUGACUACACAGGUCAAAGUUCUGCAUUGCUGGUGGAGCGACACAACGUGACUCCUGGCAUGUUCCUGAUGUAUAUCAGAGGGAAGUUGCUAUUUGCUGACCACAUUUUUAAUGGGUACAGUAACACCCUUAAGGAUCUGAAGAAACAAUUGGCGAAAACCUAUGAAGACUAUUUAGUGGGCCGACACCUGCUUCAUGACUUCAGGUUCAGUCUGUGUGAUUCCGAUCUGCCGAGUGUGGAGAUGGACAACAGAUUGUGGAUAAGCCGGCCCGACCAUCGUGUGAGACCCAAAUCUGAAGCCUCCAUUCUGCCGGGCACAUGUACCUUUCAGACUUCUGACAGGGCUGCAACAAUCCAGGACUUUAUCGCAUUUAGCUUGUCUCAACGAAGUGGCUGUUGCAGGAGCAGCAUGCACUGAAUGGCACCUGGACAUUGGGCUGUGCAAUGGAAGGCUGCUCCUCUAACCCCAGCAGUAAUUUGGGUCACUGCUUGCACCUAACAUUCGUCACAGAUUUUUUAAAGUACCCUCUUGAUAAAAAUCACUGUGCUACUUUGUUAGUUCUGACCAAAUAUAGUGGCAAGGAAGGGUCUCACUGCUCAGAAUUGCAAGCAUGCUUAAUGUGGUUAUCAAAUAGCUUCCAGCUUGCUUCUCCCACACUCAAAGCUCAAGAGGUGACGAGUUCAGCUGAAGCUGGAUUUCUCCAAGGAAUAUACCAAAGAUACAUACAGUAUGCCUAAGGGUUGACUCUAAAGAUUCAUUCACCAGGGAUCGGUUACUAGAGAUAUUUUUACACAAAGCUAGUC